GCGUUAUACUAUAAAGAAAACAAUCAAAACUAGGGUUACAUAAACCUUGUUGUUUACUUUUUCUGCCUUCAACACCACCAAAUAACGCCGCCGUAGCAAAACCCUAGAAAGGAAGGAGGUAGAAAUGGCAACAGUACCAGGGCAGCUGAUAUGGGAGAUAGUGAAGAAGAACAACUGUUUUCUUGUAAAAGAGUUUGGCAACAACACCCAGAGUGUUCAGUUUAGCAAAGAGCCUAACAAUCUUUACAACCUUAACUCCUACAAACAUUCUGGGCUAGCAAACAAGAAGACUGUUACCAUUCAGCCAGCAGGAAAGGAACAAUCUAUUUUGCUUGCAACCUCCAAGACUAAGAAACAGGCCAAGCCUGCAAGCUUACUCCACAAGUCUGUCAUGAAAAAGGAGUUCAACCGCAUGGCUAAGGCAGUCAUCAACCAGGUUGCUAACAACUACUACAGGCCUGACUUGAAGAAGGCAGCUCUUGCAAGAUUGAGUGCUGUGAACAGGAGCCUAAAGGUUUCAAAAUCUGGUGUCAAGAAGAAGAACAGACAAGCUACAAGGGUUUAUGGUAGGAAAUGAGAAUAUUUUAUUAGUGUUUGUGAGCUGAGAUUGUUAUAAUAUGAUUUUCUGAAUUUUGAUGUCUAGACUCAUUGAAUCAACUUCCAUCAUCUUUCAGUGUCUGUCUCUGGUUGAAAUGUUGUGUCAAGGAUGGUUUGUUCUUUUUUGUUAUAAUAUUUGGCUUGUUAGAAA